CCACACUACCCGCUCAGCCGCUCUGUUUCUUGAGCCUUCUUCCAUUCUUUCCCACGUGCACGGGGCGGAUCGGCAGCCAAACCGAGACGCCGGCGCGAGGGAGGCCGGAGCGCGCGCGGAUCCGCGGGGCCCCGCGGCCCGGCGAGAUGAACGCCUUCAGGCUCGCAGGCGACAUGACGCACCUCAUGAGCGUCCUCGUCCUCCUCCUCAAGAUCCACACCAUCAAGUCCUGCGCCGGUGUUUCCUUGAAGACGCAAGAGUUAUAUGCUCUCGUUUUCACCACUCGCUACUUGGACAUAUUUACAGAUUUUAUAUCCCUAUACAACACAGUCAUGAAGCUGAUUUUCCUGGGGAGCUCAUUCUUAAUAGUUUGGUAUAUGAAGCGCCAUAAGAUGGUCCGCAGAUCAUAUGAUAAGGAUCAUGAUACGUUUCGACAUCAAUUUCUUGUUCUACCUUGCCUUAUAUUGGCCUUGCUUAUACAUGAGAAGUUCACUUUCAGGGAGGUGAUGUGGACGUUUUCCAUUUAUCUUGAGGCUGUUGCAAUUCUUCCUCAACUUGUCCUGCUACAGCGCACAAGAAACAUUGACAAUUUAACUGGGCAAUAUGUAUUCUUCCUAGGCGCAUACCGAUCACUGUACAUUCUCAACUGGAUUUACCGCUACUUCACUGAGCCACACUAUGCACAUUGGAUAACUUGGAUAUCAGGAUUCGUGCAGACACUAUUGUACGCAGAUUUCUUCUAUUAUUACUUCAACAGUUGGAAGAACAACGUUAAACUCACCCUACCAGCUUGACCACUCAAUCACUCAAUUGUCAUUUUUGUUGGUGUUGUAUCGUUUGAGUAUUGCAUGACUUGGUUGUCCACCUGUAGCAGUGUACCUCAUGCACUUCAGGAAAGUUCUGAAAAAAUGCUCCCUUUUGGUACAAGAGCUGAGAUCUGUGACGAGGGUGCAGCAUCAUUUGUUGAAGAAAACACAUUGUUUUCCAGUGUCAAGAGACUACAAGCAUUUAUGUUAAGAUGAAAUAUAGAAAAUAUACUGUAAAUGAACUGGAAAAUAGCUUGCUGCACAGUGGAGAUGAAUAGCGGAUAGAUGUACUUGUGAAUUGUGAUCGGCUGGUUGUGAAGAGGGCCUUGAGCUUUUGAAAUAAUGUAACUAUGUCGAGCAGUGUCUUGAUUUACCGCUGUAGGACUCCGUGGGAGUACAUGUAUUAGUUCCAGACAAGAGCAAGAUUUGAUCAAUUUUGUCACCAACCAAUGGCCAGUUCAAAGUUUGUGACA